AUGAAAUUAGACAACGAUUUUUUGAAAAUCCAAACUUAUGCAAACUAGCUUUUUGACUCACUCCCAGUUAUAAAAGAAUAUAAAAAUGACAAAGAUCUCAUUACUCAACUAUAAUACUCUUGUGUAUGUUAUGGUAGAAAAUUAGUCUCUCUUUUUGAUAAAUAUACAAUACUCUAAAAGAAAUAGCAGGAAGGUUCAAAUCAGCUGCUCAUUAAUUUGGCAUCCCUCUUAAAUGUAACACCAAACGAACAAACCAUCUUGAACACAAUCAAAUAACAAAGCAAAGUUAAUGAGCAAUUGCAAUCUAAAAUCGAAUAUCUGAAGCAAUCUCAACAGGAUGUUGUCUAUUAAAAAAUGUUGCAGCACGAAUAGAAACUAACUCAAGAGUUAUAAGAAGUGGCUGAUCGUCUGAUAAAAGAAUUGAAGUAAUCAAAAGACGAUAAGUAAAUCUUGUUAGAUGAACUGUAAGUGAAAGAGGAACAACUUAAGUAAUAUCAAUAUCAAUCGCAGUUGCAAUAACCAUCCCAAUUAAGGUCUCCGACGAAACAAUAAUAUAACAGUGCUCAUAAAUAUUAGAGUGCCACUAAAUAUUCCAGUUCGAGUAAACAACCUCGUUUCCAAUAGCAAUUGAUUAAUACACUUCAAGCCUUAUCUUAAUAAACAAGGACCUUUCUGUCUCAAUAUGUUAAUCAAUUGGAAUCAACAUACGAUUACGAUCAAUUGAUGACUGAUGAUGCACAAAUGUUAUCAUUGAACAUCUCAAACUUGGUUAGGGAUAUCACUCAAAUCAUCUAGCAUAAAGAGGAGAUCGUUGAAAACCUAAUAAAAGGACUGGAAAUAUAGCUGGAGUAAUUGAGAUUAGAGUAGCAAUAGAGUGAAUUGAAGUAAACAGACACGAAACAAUUGCAGUAUUAGUUAUAAUAAUUGUAAACUAUGGUAAAGAAAGCCAAGGAUACUCGAGUCAAAGAAUUGGAUAGAGCAUUCAAUUCUGAAGUACCAGUGUUUAUAGUUCCAGAUGAUUUGAUGGAUUCGGAGUUAUAAUUGACUAUUGAAAGACACAAUUCCAAAGUUUAAUAAAGAUUGAAUGAUUUGGCAGUCCAAUUAAAAAAGAAAUCCACCCAAUUCGAAUAAAUACAAUCAUAGAGCACUAAAAUUAAGAUUAUAUUGGAAGAAGGCUUGAAUAGAUUAUAAAUUAUAUUGAAUGAACUCUAGAACAUGGCUGAUUCUAAGGAAGCAUUAAAACUGCUGAAAUUUUGCAAAAAUGAGAUUGAUUCUAUACAUGUAAAUUUGAGUGGAAUUGACAUUGAGCAAUAGGUGUCAAUUGAAAUUAAACAAUAGAGAUAAAAUUAGUUGCAAUAGUUGGAUCAAUUAAAAAAGUUCUAUUCCGAAUAGACAGAAAGGUUAAUUUAAGAGAAUGAACAACUUAAUGAGUAAUUAUUAAAGGUUUAGUAAUUGACUUAAGGAUUACAUAAUGAUAACGAGUAAUUGGUACGUAAAUUAAAAUUAGCAUAAUAAGAAUAGUUGCAAUAGAAAGGGGAGAAAGAUAAUUUAAUAUCGGAAUUGGAAUUGACGAUCAGUUAGUAGGAAUAGAAUAUCAAAUUAAUUGAGUAAUAAGAAAAGAAGCAGAGAUAGACUAUGGAGUAAAUGGAAAAAGAAUUGGAAACUAAAAAGCGAGAAUGCUUAAAUCUAUAAUAAUCAAAAUAAUUGGAAUAGUAGGAUGUAAUAGAUAAAUUAAAUGAUAAGAAUUCAGUAUUGGAAUUUGAGAAUAAAACAUAUAAAUAAUAAUUGGAAGUUAUUGAAAAGGACUUUUAGAAACUAAAGUCUUAACGUCAGACUUAGGAUUAAUUGGCUGAAUAAGACAAGUAGACUUUGAGAAAGUAAUUGGAUGAGAAGAAAAAAUAAUUAUUGUAAUUACAGACAGAGAACAAGAAAUAACACGAAGAGGCUGUAACUUAAAUAGAGGAAUUACAGGAUGAAUUAUAACAUAUAUCAAGUUAAUUGCAAUUAAGAGAGACGGAAAUUAAAUAAUUGCAUAAGACUUUGAGUGAGUUGGAGGAUUUCUCGAGAAAACAAAUUGAUGUAAUCAGAACUUACGAAGAUAAGUUAACUGAGGCUCAUCAAAUUAAAAAACAAUUAGAAAAUAAUAAUGAAGGUAGCGAUCAAAUGUUGUCUCAGUUGCAACUUAAACAUCAAUAGGUUUAAUAGCAAUUCAAUCAGUCGAAACAUGAAAAUGAUAAAUUAUUGAAUGAUUUGAGUGUCCUGUAGAAGUAAUACACUAAGUAAACUGAAGCCAUGGAACAAGAGUUUAAGGAUAAGUUGAGCAAGCAAUCUGAGAUAAAUAAAAUACUGAAGGAAGAAGCAAGAAAUCUGAAAGCCUAGUUGGAAUUAAAGAUUAAUCAAUUAAGAUAAUUGGAAUAGGAAUUGCAAGAUAAAAAUAAUGAUUUGGAUAAAGCAUAAAAAAUAUGCAAACAAUUGAAUCUGUAAGUAAGUGAAUUCAGAUAGAAAAUCGAAUAUUUUGAAGACUUUAAAUAAGAAAAUUUAGAGACUUCAGAAUAAUAUGCAAAAUAAUUAUAAUUGUUGCAGAAUGAAAACUUCUAAUUUAGGAAAGAGUUGGAUAGAUAACAACAGUAGAACACAUAAAGAUAGAAAACAAACAAUAUUUAAGAUCAGUAGAUGAAAGAGGAAAUAAAUAAUCUCAAAUAGGAAGUGAGAAAGAUGGAACAAUUAUUGAAUUAAGAAAGAUAGAAUUAUGAAUAGGAAAUUAGAAACUAUUAAAGUUAGAUAGGUGAAUACACCAAAUUAGAUUUAUCAAUGAGAUAAAAGUCAGGGUAAUCUGGUGGAAGUGCCUUUUAUGAAAAUUUGAUAGAAGCAAAAGAUCUAGAGAUUGCCAGAUUGGCAAAUAUAGUGAAAUCUUUGACAGAUCUAAGAAAAUGA